UAGGCAGAUGUUAUAAACUAUUCAUAAACAGGUGGCAUUAUUUUAAUUUGUUCUCGACGAUUUUUAGGCGGAUUGCGAUCAAGGUAUACUGACUGUGAUCAACAAGGAGAUCGUUUAGCAGAUCGACGACGCCCAUGUUCACUUCAAAAUGGUUUUCAUAAGUAAUCUACGGAGACGUAGGAAAGGGGGAAGUUUGUGUAUCGUCGUAGCCGAAAUCAGCUUCGCCUUUUUGUUGUGGUAUCUGAAUACUAUCAAAUUCCAAGGCAUAGUUCGUUCUGUCAGAUCAGAAUAUUCCCAUGAGCACACGUUCGAUGAUGUUCGACUGGCCGACGCCGGCGGUACCCCGGAAGGUUUGAAUGUAACGGUUGACCAGCAAGCCCCUCAUCAUCGACGUCGGGUACAGCUAAUGAAACCGUUAUCCACUCAAGCCAUAGAAGAUGCUAGGCGCAAGAUAUUGAAAUACUUGAAUACGAGUACAACAUUUAGGAUAUUUCGUCGUGACAUCGACCCCGAAAAUUAUAAGUUCGGCACCAACUUAUCCACGAUCAUGGAGCACAACCAAACAGAAGUGCUGCCCUCACCGGUGGGUCACCGAUGCGCUGUGGUAGGCAACUCAGGCAUCCUUCUAUCGAGCCUCUGUGGGCGUGAGAUCGACGACCACGACUUCGUUUUCCGAUUGAACCUUGCCCCGGUGGACGGUGAGUUCUCCAGAGAUGUCGGAUCCAAAGUCGACCUCAUCACCUUAAAUCGGAUGGAGCUUCUCGCGCUGGAGACACUCUCGAAAGACUUGAAUACAACGGUGCAAGGAUGGAUGUACAUUAAUAGAUUGAAUGGUACUGUCACUGAUAGCAGUAUCGUCUGGUAUCCUUUAGGUUUUCCAGAGAAAUUGAGUCAAAUAGCUGUUUCCUUCAGAGAUACUCUACAACUCCAACCUGCCUGGGCGUACACCCCCGAAUCCUUAAUGUACCUCGCAUCGAAAGUAUGGAACAUGCCAGUGCCUUCGACGGGUCUAUCUGUGAUGACUGCAGCUCUACUACACUGUGAUGAGGUCACCAUGUAUGGAUUUUUCCCGUUCCCGGAGGAUUCCCGGGGACGCACCUUGCGAUACCAUUACUACGAGCCAGAUACGGGGCCGUUGAAAGGAAAUCAUUCCUUCGGCCUUCACAAUAUGCCAAAAGAAUUCUCGCUUUUACAAAAGUUAGCAGAAGAUGGCGCACUCCGCUUAGUCACGGAGCGCUGUUACGAUAAAAUAUUUGACGUCACCUGAUUUUUUAUUUUUUUCAUUUUUUUCUGCGAGUUAUAUUUUCAAAUCGAUUUAUAUCCCCAAAGUUUAGAGUCACGAAAUAAGAGAACAAAAUACAAUUACUUACUGACCUUUUCAUAGUCGAUAAUAAUUAUACAGCACCGUAUUUGGUUUAUAUUCCUAGUUGAAAAUCACUUGGUCAAUCUUUCAAGGAAGGGCAUCAACCAAAAAAAACUUGGGGUGGCGUCUUCAAAGGGUUUGCACAAAGUGGAAAGUUACCAUUUAGAGACGCUGACUGGUAUACACACCUAAAAUAAUCGAACAGUAUCAAAAGUCAUCUUAAACGUUUUACAGUUUUCUGUCUGUAGCCUUCCUCCUGGUUGGGUGUAUGGUAUGGUAAUUCAUUUGCGUGCGAGCGAAGCAGGUGAGCAAAAUAAUUUAAGAACUGUUCUAAUCUGCUUAUGAUGAAAGAUAAUCGAAAUGGGGAAUGCAUUAAAGUACCUCUCCCGUCUCUCUCUCUCUCUCUCUCUCUCUCUUUCUCUCUCUUCUUUGCUACCAACUGCCACUCUACCUAUAAAGUAGGCCUAUACUGUCUUUCAAAUUAAUGCAAGUGAAAAAAUGUCUUUCAUGUAUAGUUAUUUUUUGAUAAUGUCAUAUACUUGCUCAGCCUUUAGAAAUGUCUUCUACAUUAUUUUGUAGGAUUUAAAAAAAAAUGUAUUCUCGUUUUUAUUACUUAAUCUAGUGAUAUGCUAAAUCUGUACUUUUAGCAUAGUAUCGUUCUUAACUGUAUUUAACUUAUAGAAAGAGUCAAUUUGAAGAGAAAUAUGUUUUAAUUAAAAUGGUGACUAAAUAAUGAAGAAAACAAUGAUAACAAGCAAAUUUUGCACUUGCACUAAAUACAAAUGAAGAAACGAAUCAGGGUGUUAUAACACACAAUAGUUUCCCCAAUUCAUACUUUGUUUGUCGGUGUUUGUAAUGAUAAAAAUAAAUGUAGUACAAAAGCUU